AUGAGUAGAAUUGGCGGCAUCAGUGUCAUUGCAGUCGCGAAUAUCUUGCACAAUGAAAAUUUAAAGAAUAACUCUAUUAAAAAGUUCAACAAUUUAAAACAAAAAUACAACACUUGUUCACAUCCUUUUUCUAACAUCAAUAAUUCCAAGUGGUUGGUCAACAUCAGCAGUAAAGAUAUACCUGACACCGUUUCUGAUUUUUUAAGCUUGGGUGAGAACUUCGCCUUGCCUAUCGAACAAAAACAAAAUAAUGACCGCACUAAUUAUGUUUUGGACGUGAUUAAGAACUUUGAAGUGAAUAGCAAUAUCCUGCCCACUGACACUAUCGAAACAACUCGGAUCUCAGUGGCUAAUAUCCUCCAAAGAUUUCUUACUACGAAGAAACAUAUUAGUUCUUCAGACCAUUAUAUUCUUAAUUCGUUCGCGCUCUCCAAAAAAUACUUACGCGAAAACUAUAGUGACAUUAUGGUCACGAGAGCUGACAAGGGUCAGACUACGGUUGUCAUGAAUAAAAAAGAUUACUCUGAUAAAAUGUACCAGCUGCUGAAUGACCCAACUACAUAUAAACCUCUGAACAAAGAUCCUUUGAAAAAAUUGACUAAUAAAAUUAAUGAGCUAGUAAAAUCAUGGCGCAAAAAUAACUUGAUCAAUAGUUGGUCUUUUGCUCGAAGCAUUAAGAACACAAUCAUUGAUGAAGACAACAUCAUUCUUUGGAUGUGA